AUAAUACGCGCUAGCUGUUUUUAUCCUACGGGCAAGUAUUUCCGAUCAAGUUCUCGCUGGCAAUCUUCUCCGUGGCAUUUUCCGGUGGUCUCUUACCUGGCAGUGGCAGGCAUUUUCAACUCUUUCUCUCUCCUCUGUCCCCUCCUCCUCCCUCCCUGAAUCUCUUUACAUUCUCUUCCCUUCUUCGCCUUCUUCAUCUUCACCUCCUCAAUUCUCUGGUUCCCUGCUCGGCGUAGUUCCCUCCAUGGCUACUUCCAGCUCCGGGAAUUCAGUUCCCGCGUCAGAGGCCGUGCAGGUCCUUGUCUCCGCGCUUGCCGAUGAGUCCCUCUCCGUUCGCGUGGCCUCCAUGGCCUCUCUCAAGGACAUCGCUGCUCUGAAUCCUCCUCUAGUUCUCGACUGCUGCUAUGCUGUCUCUCGUGGUGGUCGUCGGCGGUUCGGGAAUAUGGCGGGAAUAUUCCAGGUCAUGUCAGUGGGAGUCCAAGCUCUGGAAGCAGGCGAAGUCGAUUCCGUUUUCAUGUCAAAGCUUGCUAAGCUUGCCACUACUGAGAUGAUCUCCUCUAAGGAAUUAAAUGCAGACUGGCAAAGGGCUGCUUCAGGGUUACUUGUUUCCAUAGGUUCCCACUUGCCUGACCUGAUGAUGGAAGAAGUUUUUGUUCAUUUUUCGGGGCCAAGUUCAGCUCUCCCUGCAAUGGUCCAAAUCCUGGCAGAUUAUGCCUCUGCAGAUGCGUUGCAGUUCACUCCAAGGCUUAAAGGCGUGCUCUCCCGAGUUUUACCCAUCCUUGGGAAUGUUCGAGAUCCCCAACGACCAAUUUUCGCAAAUGCGUUCAAAUGUUGGUGUCAGGCUGUUCGGCAAUAUAUUCUGGAAUUUCCUUCUAAAUCAUCUUUUGAUGGCGAUGUAAUGUCAUUCCUGAAUUCUGCUUUUGAGCUUUUGUUAAGGGUGUGGGCGACUUCUCGAGAUCUGAAGGUUCAUACAUCUUCUGUUGAAGCAUUAGGGCAGAUGGUUGGCCUUAUCUCCCGGACCCAAUUGAAGGCAGCUUUGCCAAAACUUGUGCCAACAAUUUUGGAGUUGUAUAAGAGAGAGAAGGAAAUAGCUUAUUUGGCCACGUGCAGUCUUUACAAUGUCUUGUAUUCCUCCCUCAUGUCUGAAAGUGGUCCUCCUAUGCUUGAUUUUGAGGAUCUUACUGUCAUACUAUCAACACUUCUUCCAGUUGUCUGUGUAAAUAAUGAGAGUAAAGACCGCUCUGAUUUCUCAAUGGGAUUGAAGACCUAUAAUGAAGUUCAACGUUGCUUUUUGGCUGUCGGAAUUGUAUAUCCAGAAGACUUAUUUGUAUUUCUUAUGAAUAAGUGCAGGCUGAAGGAAGAACCUUUGACUUUUGGGGCACUUUGUGUGUUAAAGCAUCUCUUGCCCAGGUUGUCUGAAGCCUGGCACAGCAAAAGACCAUCGCUUGUAGAAGCUGCAAAGUUGUUGCUGGAUGAGCAAAACUUAGGUGUCCGAAAGGCAUUAUCAGAGUUAAUUGUAGUUAUGGCUUCACACUGUUACUUGGUUGGUCCAUCUGGGGAAUUGUUUGUCGAGUAUCUCGUCCGUCAUUGUGCCGUAUCAGAUUUGGAGAGAGAUGAUGCUGAAAGCUUUAAUCAACACAGGAGAACUGAGGUGAAAAUUGGUUCAGUUUCUCCUUCUGAGUUGAGGACAAUCUGCGAAAAAGGUCUUCUUUUGAUUACCAUCACAAUUCCUGAGAUGGAGCAUAUUCUUUGGCCGUUUCUUUUGAAGAUGAUAAUUCCACGGAUAUAUACAGGUGCUGUUGCCACGGUUUGCAGAUGUAUAUCUGAACUUUGCCGGCAUAGAUCAUCAUAUACUAAUUCUAUGCUAAGUGAAUGUACUGCCCGUGCUGAUAUUCCAAAACCUGAGGAGAUUUUUGCUCGGUUGGUGGUUCUUUUGCACAAUCCUUUAGCAAGGGAGCAGCUGGCCUCGCAGAUUUUAGCGGUUCUCUACAAUUUGGCUCCCCUUUUCCCAAAGAACAUCAAUCUGUUUUGGCAAGAUGAGAUUCCAAAAAUGAAGGCUUACAUUAGUGAUCCGGAAGACCUGAAGCAGGAUCUGUCAUAUCAAGAGGCAUGGGAUGAUAUGAUUAUCAAUUUUCUUGCAGAAUCUUUGGAUGUAAUUCAGGAUAUUGAUUGGGUGAUUUCCCUUGGAAAUGCUUUUACCAGACAAUAUGAAUUGUAUACAUCUGACGAUGAACAUUCUGCAUUACUUCAUCGGUGCCUCGGGAUGCUGCUUCAGAAAGUGAACGAUAGAGCAUUUGUUCGUGAGAGGAUUGGUUGGAUGUAUAAACAAGCGAAUAUUGCAAAUCCAACUAAUAGGCUUGGUUUGGCCAAAGCAAUGGGAUUGGUGGCUGCAUCUCACUUGGAUACCGUCCUGGAAAAGUUAAAAGAUAUUCUGGACAAUGUUGGACAAAGUAUAAUCGAAAGGUUCCUCUCUCUUUUCUCAGAUAGUUUUAGAUCUGUUGAGUCUGACGAUAUACAUGCUGCUUUGGCGUUGAUGUAUGGUUAUGCUGCAAGAUAUGCUCCUUCAACGGUUAUUGAAGCCAGAAUAGAUGCACUAGUUGGUACUAACAUGCUCUCACGGCUGCUUCAUGUGCGACAUCCCACUGCAAAGCAGGCUGUUAUCACUGCUAUUGACUUACUUGGUCGUGCUGUCAUAAAUGCUGCUGAAAGCGGCGCAUCAUUCCCACUGAAGAGAAGGGACCAAUUACUGGAUUAUAUAUUAACUCUGAUGGGUAGAGAUGAAAAUGAUGACUGGAGUGAAUCUAGUCUUGAACUAUUGCAUACUCAGUCCCUUGCUCUAAGUGCUUGCACUACUUUGGUCUCUGUGGAGCCAAAGCUAACCAUUGAAACCAGGAAUCAUGUCCUGAAGGCCACCUUAGGAUUUUUUGCAUUGCCAAACGAUCCAAUUGAUGUUGUCAACCCACUUAUAGAUAACCUCAUUUCUCUCCUUUGUGCAAUUCUUCUUACAAGUGGCGAGGAUGGGAGGAGCAGAGCAGAGCAAUUAUUGCAUAUCCUGAGACAAGUUGAUAGAUAUGUUGCCUCUUCAGUUGAUUAUCAGAGGAAAAGAGGCUGUCUUGCUGUUUAUGAAAUGCUCGCGAGGUUUCGCAUGCUGUGUGUUAGUGGACAUUGUUCUCUGGGCUGUCAGGGAAGUUGUACACAUACCAAGCAAAUAGACCGAAGCAUACUUGGGAACAUUUCUAACUUACCAUCGGCAUAUGUAUUGCCUACUCGUGAAGCAUUGUCUUUGGGGGAUAGGGUUAUUGUAUAUCUAGCACGUUGUGCAGACACCAAUUCUGAAGUUAGGAAGCUUUCUGCUCAGAUACUCGAUCAAAUCUUCAGUACCUCUCUAUCUCUACCCCGGCCUGCAAACGCAAGUUCAGUUGUGGAUCUCGAAUCAUCUUAUAGUGCUCUGUCCUCCCUUGAGGACGUCAUAGAAAUACUAAGAAGUGAUGCUUCCAUAGAUCCAUCUGAGGUUUUUAACAGAAUAGUUUCCUCUGUCUGUGUUCUACUGACAAAGGAUGAGCUUGUGGCGACCCUCCAUGGCUGUACAGCAGCUAUCUGCGAUAAGGUAAAGCAAUCAGCUGAAGGGGCGAUCCAAGCAGUGAAUGACUUUGUCACAAAGCGUGGAGCUGAGCUGAAUGAAACUGAUGUAUCAAGGACAACCCAAUCUAUGCUGUCUGCUACAGCGCAUGUAACUGAGAAGCAUCUACGUCUGGAAACUGUUGGUGCUAUCUCUACUCUGGCUGAAAGUACUAGCUCAAAGGUUGUCUUCAAUGAAGUUUUAGCUGCUGCUGGCAGGGACAUGGCCACUAAGGACAUAACUAGACUACGUGGUGGCUGGCCUAUGCAGGAUGCAUUCUAUGCAUUUUCACAGCAUGCAGUGCUAUCACAAUUGUUCCUUGAGCAUGUCAUUUCUAUUCUCAACCAAACUCCUAUGGUUAAGGUUGAGCCGGAGAAAGGAGAGAAUUCUAGCAAUUCUGUUGACAAUAAAAUGGACAAUGAGUUUGUGCGACCUGCUGUUUUCGCUCUAACAGCCUUUUUCAGAGGCGGGGGUAAAGUGGGCAAAAAAGCUGUCGAACAGAGCUACUCAUAUGUUCUGGCCGAACUUAUCAUACAAUUCGGAAGUUGUCAUAGACUAGCUAGCACUGGUCAGCUUGAGCCACUACAGGCUCUUUUGGCCGCAUUUCAGGCAUUUUGUGAAUGUGUUGGAGACCUUGAAAUGGGAAAGAUACUCGCUCGGGAUGGUGAGAACAAUGAAAAUGAGAGGUGGAUCAGCGUUAUUGGAGAAUUAGCAGGAAGCAUAUCCAUUAAAAGACCAAAAGAGAUACAAAGUAUAUGUCUAAUUUUGAGCAACUCCUUAAAUCGGAGCCAUAGAUUUCAAAGAGAAUCUGCAGCUGCAGCGUUAUCGGAGUUUAUUUGUUACAGUGGUGGGCUUAAUUCCCUUCUGGAGCAGAUGGUCGAAGCAUUGUGUAGGCAUGUAUCAGAUGAGUCCCCAACCGUUAGACGGCUAUGUUUGAGAGGGCUAGUGCAGAUUCCUUCUCUUCAUAUACUUCAAUACACAGCACAGGUUUUAAGUGUCAUUCUAGCACUGCUAGAUGACAUGGACGAAUCUGUACAAUUGACUGCAGUUUCGUGUUUAUUGAUGAUUCUUGAGUCGGCCCCUAGUGAUGCAGUAGAACCCAUAUUACUCAAUCUUUCUGUACGCCUACGUAAUCUUCAAAUAUCCAUGAACGUGAAGAUGCGAACUGAUGCUUUUGCUGCUUUCGGUGCCCUAAGCAGCUAUGGAGUCGGAGCGCAACGGGAAGCAUUUCUUGAGCAGGUACAUGCUGCCCUUCCACGCUUGGUCCUGCAUUUGCAUGACGACAAUCAAACCGUGAGACAGGCUUGUAGGAAUACACUGAAGAGGAUUGCCCCUUUCUUCGAAACGCAUGAAUUCUCUGUCCUAUUCAGUAUGCAGGCUUUCAAUUCUGACCAUCGAGGUGACUAUGAGGACUUCAUCAGGAACCUUGCGAAGCAGCUUUCGGAGCAUCUCUCAUCCCGUGUUAGUACUUACAUGGCUUCAAUUAUACAGGCCUUUGACGCACCUUGGCCAAUAAUUCAGGCAAAUGCGAUGUAUCUGGCUUGCAGCAUCCUCUCACUUUCAGAUGAUCAACACAUUUUAGCAAUAUAUUAUACUCAGGUGUUCGGGAUGUUGGUGGGCAAAAUGAGUCGAUCAGCUGAUGCAGUUGUCAGAGCCACCUGCUCCUCAGCCCUUGGCUUGCUACUGAAAUCUUCGAAUUCUGUGUCAUGGAGAGAAGCUAGACUCGACCGUGUCGAUUCAAUCCGUAGGGACCAAGGCUCAGACUCUUCUCGAAGAUAGCAAAUCACUAAGGUGGACAUUGCAGUAUACGACGUGUACGCUUAUGAGCUCCUACUCCAACAAUUCAGAAGCAGAUCGAAUUGACUCAUUCCAUAUUGAUUUGGUGUGAUGUUUCGCUGCUGGAGCAAAAGUCGGACCCUACUCAGCAUCUCUUAAAUGGAUGUGCGAAGAAGAGUUUAUUGUAGAUGUAACUUGCUCGGGCAUUUUGUAAAUUUGUGUGAAGCUUGUUCUAAAAUCUGCUGUUUUUUGUAGGUGGUUGUAACAAUCCCUAGUCAUUUGGAUGUUUUUGGGUGGUGUUUGUAGCAGCAGUAUGUGUUCAAUAUUAUUGCAAAUUCUUCAGCUUCGUGCAUUGAUAGUGAUUCCUACCAACUCAGUUUGGAGAAAA